AAAAAAAAAGACGCUUAUUAACAAUGUAAAAACAAAUUUAUUACCAAAAGCGUAAAAUUAAAAAAACUGUAAAUAAAUUAAAAACACAAACGACACACUUGGUGGGUUGUCGAGUGUUUUGGACUUAGAGACCUCUCUCUGGUGCGAAAUCGAGGGCUUGUCUUCUCUCUCUUUCUCUCACAGAGAACACACACUUUCUCUCUCUUCGAUUCGAUUCGCAAAUUGUUUGUCUCGAUCUGUAAGUUAUUCGUUUAAUUUUAUUUUUUGUAUUUGAUGUAUUGAAUUUGUAGCUUAAAUUUGCAGAUUUUAGGUUGUUUUGUGUAAAUUUAUAGUUUUGUAAUUGGGGGAUUGGUGAAAUCCCAGAUCUUGAUUGUUGUAUGCUUCGUUUUUUUCUCGAUUUGAAUUGGGUAAGUUGGAUUUAGUGGUUUUGUUGGGACUUCUGUUUUCGAUCUCGGGUUUUUUGUUACGCUACGAGCUCGAAAUUCGAGGUUUUUGGUGGGUUUGAGGUGAAUUGAGUUGGAUCGGAUAGGGUUAGGGUUCUGUCGAUGGCUUCCAAUCCUCCAUUUCAGGUGGAGGAUCAGACAGAUGAGGAUUUCUUUGAUAAAUUAGUUGAUGAUGAUGAUGAGUACAAGGUCACUCCAUCGGUGUCGCAUAGUUUUGUAGACGGGAAUGAUUCCGAUGAGGCAAAAGCAUUUGCAAAUUUGAGUAUUGCUGAAGAUUUGGGUGGUGAAGGUGGGACUGAAGCUAAGGGGGAAGCAAUUCGUGGAUAUGCUAAUGCCGUGUCGGUGGAUAAGCACGUUGAAGAGAGCUCACUAGUGUCAUCUAAUUCAUUUGAGUUUGAUAGCGUGAUUGAAUCCAAUGGCGUGGUUGUAGGGACAGAGGAGACUCUGGAUUCAACAAUUAGCAAGAUUGAAUCCAAUGGUGCAGUUAUAGGGACAGAGAAGACUUUGGAUUCAACAAUUAGCAAGGUUAAUGGAUCUGCAAGUUCGGGUGUUAAGGAGGUGCAAUGGAAUGCAUUUAACACUGAUUCGAGGCAGAAUGGUAGUAAUGGGUUUGGAUCGUACAUGGAUUUUUUCAGUGAAUUGGGAGAUGGUGUGGUUGAUCCAACUGGCAAGGUGGAGGGUGAUUUUAGUACCGAAUCAAAGAUUGGAUCUGGUAUUGAAGAACUUAAAACUAGUUAUGAUGAUAACAACUACAAUUAUGGGCAAGACCAAGAGAGUCAAGCUCACGGUGCAGCUAUGGGACAAAAUGCAGAUGUGCAGGAUCUAAAUAGUGGUCAAUACUGGGAGAAUCUUUACCCGGGGUGGAAGUAUGAUCCGAUUACUGAGCAAUGGUACCAAGUGGAUGGUUAUGAUGCCACAGGAAAUGUACAAGGAAGCUUUGACUCCAAUUCUGCCAGUGAUUGGGCUGUUUCUGAGGGGAAUUCACAGGUUUCUUACUUACAGAAAACUGCUCAGUCUUUUGUGGGUACUGUACCUGAGAGUGGCACCACAGAGAGUGCCACUAACUGGAAUCAGUUGUCACACGAGAGUGGUACAACUGAGAGUGUCACUAAUUGGAAUCUGGUGUCACGAGAUAGUGGUAGUGUUGAAAGUGUUUCUAAUUGGAAUCAGGUUUCACAAGGGAAUGGUGAGUAUCCAGCACAUAUGGUUUUUGACCCUCAAUACCCUGGUUGGUAUUAUGAUACGAUUGCCCAAGAAUGGCGGUUGUUGGAGACCUACACCUCAUCUGUUCAUUCAACAGUUCACGCUCAUGAUCAGCCAAGUCAAAAUGGGUUUGGAUCAACUGCUACAUUUUCCCAUGAUAAUGAUAAAAACACUUAUGGUGACUAUGAGCAAUCGGAGAAUUACAAGCCUCAAGGCUUUGAUGCCCAAAGCCAAGAAUACAAUUGGACUGGGUCUUUGAGUAAUUACAAUCAGCAAGGUUCGAAUAUGUGGCAACCUGAGGCUGUUACAAAGAGUGAGGCUCCAAUGGAUUUUAGUGGAAACCAGCAAUUGGAGAAUAAUUAUGGUUCAAAUUUUUCCAUGAGCAAUCACGUUGGGCAACAAAAGUCUUAUGAUUCCAGGGGAACAGUUCCAUUUUAUGAGAAAGCAACUCUGGGUCAUAACAACUUUAUGCCAACUAGUUCACAAGGUUUUGUUCCUAGUGGGAAUUUCGGCCAGCAGGUUAAUCACCAAAGCAUUCAGAAGAACGAGCAAAUGCAUGUUUCACACGAUUACUAUGGAAAUCAGAAUUCAGUAAAUUUUUCACCACAACAGUUUCAGAGUGGCCAUCAAUUUUCUUAUGCUCCUAGUGCAGGAAGGUCCUCCGCAGGCCGUCCACCGCAUGCUUUGGUUACUUUUGGGUUUGGUGGAAAACUCAUUGUGAUGAAAGAUAGUAGUUCUCUCAGCACCUCAUCAUAUGCGAGUCAGGGUUCUCCAGGAGGCUCAAUCUCUGUUCUUAACUUGAUGGAAGUUGUCACUGAGGAAAUUGAUGCGUCAAACGUAGGAAUGGGCACUUUUGAUUAUUUCAAUGCGCUGUGCAAACAGUCCUUUCCUGGCCCGUUGGUUGGAGGGAAUGUUGGUAGUAAAGAGUUGAACAAGUGGAUUGAUGAAAGGAUUGCAACUUGUGAGUUGCCUGACAUGGAUUACAGAAAAGGCAAUGUUUUGAGGUUGCUUCUCUCGUUGCUUAAGAUAGCAUGUCAGCAUUAUGGAAAACUCCGGUCUCCUUUUGGUUCUGACACUGCAUUAAGGGAAAGUGAUGUUCCAGAAUCAGCAGUUGCUAGACUUUUUGCAUCUGCCAAGAGGAAUGGUGCACAAUUCAGUGACUAUGGUCCUAUUGCCCACUGCAUACAGAAAUUGCCAUCUGAAGAACAGUUGCAGGCAACUGCUGCUGAGGUACAAAAUCAUCUGGUUUCUGGUAGAAAGAAAGAGGCUUUACAUUAUGCAUGUGAGGGUCAGUUAUGGGGGCCUGCACUAAUUCUUGCUGCUCAACUGGGUGAUCAGUUUUAUGUUGACACUGUGAAGCAAAUGGCACUUCGCCAGCUAGUAGCUGGCACACCUCUGCGGACAUUAUGCCUGCUAAUUGCUGGUCAGCCAGCAGAUGUGUUUUCUACUGGCACCACAUCUGAUAGCAGCAUUCCUGGUGCUUCAGUAAAUAUGUCUCUGCAGCGUGCACAGUAUGGCGCUAAUGGUAUGCUAGAUGAUUGGGAAGAGAAUCUGGCAGUAAUCACUGCUAAUAGAACAAAAGGUGAUGAACUCGUGCUCAUUCAUCUUGGAGAUUGCAUGUGGAAAGAUAGAAGUGAAAUUAUUGGAGCACAUAUUUGCUACUUAGUUGCGGAAGCAAACUUUGAGCCAUAUUCAGACACUGCUAGAUUGUGUCUUAUUGGAGCAGAUCACUGGAAAUUACCUCGAACAUAUGCUAGUCCACAUGCUAUUCAGAGGACAGAGUUAUACGAGUAUUCUAAGGUGCUUGGGAAUCCUCAGUUUAUUCUUCUACCAUUUCAACCAUAUAAGGUUAUAUAUGCACACAUGCUGGCUGAAGUGGGAAAAGUAACAGAGUCAAUGAAGUACUGUCAAGCUGUAUUAAAAUGUCUAAAAACUGGUCGAGCACCCGAAGUGGACACAUGGAAACAACUAAUAUCUUCACUUGAAGAAAGGAUAAAAACUCACCAACAGGGUGGAUACUCCACAAACUUGGAUCCAGCAAAAUUAGUGGGUAAAUUGCUCAAUCUUUUCGAUAGUACUGCUCAUCGUGUUGUUGGGGGCUUGCCUCCACCAGUACCAUCAGCAUCACACAGUGGUGCACCGGCCAAUAAUGAACAUUAUUACCAAACCAUGGGGCCUAGAGUAUCAACUAGUCAAUCAACCAUGGCAAUGUCAUCACUGAUGCCUUCAGCAUCAAUGGAGCGCAUAAAUGAAAAUAGAAUGACAAUGCAUAACAGAAGUGUUUCAGAGCCAGAUUUUGGCAGAACUCCAAGACAGGAUCAGGUAGAUUUAUCGAAGGAAGCUACCUCUUCAAGCUCACUAGGCAAAACAUCAGUCGGGGCAUCCCGCUUUGGGCGUUUCAGUUUUGGUUCACAGAUCUUACAAAAGACUGUGGGGUUAGUCUUAAAGCCCCGUCAGGACAAGCAGGCAAAGUUGGGUGAAGAGAAUAAAUUUUACUAUGAUGAAAAGCUCAAGAGAUGGGUAGAGGAAGGGUCUGACCCCCCUGCUGAAGAAGCUGCACUGCCACCUCCACCAACUGCUGCGCCAUUCCAAAAUGGAAUGUCAAAUUACGACUUGAAAAGUGCAUUAAAAAGUGAAGUGUCUUCCAGUAAUGGAAGCCCAGAUUUUAAAAGCCCUAAUCCUUCGGAUCAUAGUUCAGGAAUUCCGCCUAUUCCUCCUGCCUCAAACCAAUUUUCAGCUCGUGGGCGUACCGGUGUCCGAUCAAGGUAUGUUGACACUUUCAACAAAGGGGCUGGGAAUCAAACAAACUUAUUCCAGUCACCUUCAGUUCCAUCCAUCAAACCUGCUAGUGGUGGCAAUCCAAAAUUUUUCGUUCCCACACCAGUAUCUUCUAGUGAACAGACAUUUGAUACAACGACAGAUAGUACACAAGAAACUACAUCAAUUACUGAAAAUUUCUCAACUCCCACUGCCAAUAACUCAUUCCAAUCUCCCACACCUCCAUCAUCAAUCAUGAUGCAAAGGAUUCCAAGCAUGGGCACCAUGUCAAACAAGGAAACAACAAUGAAUGGUAACGGUUCCCUCUCAUCUCAUUCACGACGAACUGCUUCAUGGGGCAGAAGCUUUAGCGACGACUAUACUCCUCCACAGAAGACUUCUGAACUAAGACCUCUAGGGGAGGUUUUGGGUAUGCCACCAUCGACAUUUAUGCCUAGUGAACCUUCUUCAGGGCACUCGCAAAUGAAUAGUGGCAGUUUUGGGGAUGAUCUUCAUGAAGUAGAGCUUUGAGCCAACCAGGAUGUAAAUAUCAAGUUUUGGUGCUUAUAUUGCUUGGCACAAUCUUACCUUCUUGUCUCUCUCAAUGCAAAAUGGUGGUAGGUGCAGAAUUGGAGUGAAGAGAUCAAGAUAUACUUUUUCUUUUUCCCCUAGUUGUAUGUUGAAAUACAAUUUACUUGAAAUGUUUACUGUACUGUUUAGGGAUAGGUUUUGUUGAAGUUGACACCUUUAAAGAGUUGGUGUUAUUACUACAAAGCAACUAAAGCGUGCGACUGCACCAAUGUACAGUUCAUUUUUUCAUUUAUUCAGUAAAGGAAUGUCCCUUCAAGAAGAUAAAGGAUA